AUGAAGCUCCUCGCUAUAUUCCUAUUAUGCCUCCUGGGUUCAGCUGCAGCCUUGGCCUCCUCAGUGAGGCUGUGGAAUAAAGCUGCUGGGCGUAUCAUUGGUGGGACCUCGAUCACCAUAGAAUCCUACCCUUGGCAACUGUCCCUGCAUUACAGCGGUUCGUACAUCUGCGGAGCGUCCAUCAUCAGCUGCAACUGGGCGCUGACGGCCGCUCAGUGCGUGGACGGGCUCAGCGUCUCCCUUAUCAGCCUCCGCGCCGGCUCCGCGACUCGUGAAAGUGGCGGUUGUGUACUCAGUGCCUCAUCCGCUAGCAUUCACGACGGCUACAACGGCGGAACGAAGGACUACGAUAUUGCCCUCGUCCUGGUGCUUGGUUCGUUGCUUGGGACGUAUGUACGGCCCGCCGGUCUGCCCCCUGACGGGUUCGACUCCGAAGAGGGCCUCAGCGUCACGGUGACCGGCUGGGGUGACAGGCCCACCAGUGGCCUGGAAGCCGUGAACCUGGGCAAGGUGUAUACCAGCAUCUUGGCACGCCGCACCUGCCAGGACGUGUUCGCCGGCUUCAACGCGGUCACAGAGAGGAUGGUGUGUCCCGGGGCGGCCAGCGAGAGCGUCUGCAGGGGCGACUACGGCGGCCCGCUGGUCAGCGGCGCCACGCAGAUGGGCACCGCCCUGCGAGGCCACGCCCGCCGUCUUCACCAGCAAGACGAGAUUGAUGACAGUUUGUCUUCAGAUGAAGACGAGAAUGAUGUUGAAGGUGUUGCUUCAAAUCCAGCAGCUGUGCCGUAUCCGAAAGACAGUGAGUGGACUGCAGUUGACACCUACCGACCUCUGCCUGUCAACACGACACCCAGGCAGAUACUAGUGGAUAUUGAUGAGUCGAGUUCUGUACUGGAUUGCAGUAAAGUGUUCCUUACUGACAGUGACGUAAAUGAACUCAAGAGACAGACAAAUUUGUAUGCAUCACAGACAAUACAGAAGAAAAGAAGAGGAAAUAAUCUGAAGCCCCAUUCAGUUUUGAGUUCGUGGAAGCCAGUGACUAUAAAAACAGCUCAUAACCGAUAUUUCGAGGGCGGUGCCAACGUCUGUCACAAGUGGGCACUGAAACAAUUCAAUGGCGAAAUUUGA